GACGCAAACGCGCCUCUCCCAAUCCCGGGCGCCUCCGCGCGGGCGCAGGCGUCUCCGAGCCUCCCGAGGGUCUGCAGCCUGGGCGCCGGGAGCAUGGAGCAGCUGCUGAAGCGCGAGUUGGGCUGCAGCUCCGUCAAGGCCACGGGCCACUCGGGGGGCGGGUGCAUUAGCCAGGGCCAGAGUUACGACACGGACAAAGGGCGAGUGUUCGUGAAAGUGAACUCCAAGUCGGAGGCCAAAAGGAUGUUCGAAGGUGAGAUGGCAAGUUUAACUGCCAUCCUGGAAACGCACACAGUGAAAGCGCCCAGACCCCUCAAGGUUCUCGAUGCCCCGGGAGGGGGCAGCAUGCUGGUGAUGGAGCACUUGGACAUGAAGUAUCUGGGCAGUCAUGCCGCGAAGCUAGGGGCCCAGCUGGCAGAUAUGCACCUGCAGAACAAGAAGCUUGGAGAGACGCUGCAGAAGGAGGCUGGCACCGUGGGCAGAGGCGGUGGGCAGGCGGACCGGCCUUUCGUGGACCAGUUCGGGUUUGACGUGGUGACGUGCUGCGGGUAUCUCCCCCAGGUGAAUGACUGGCAGAGGGACUGGGUCACGUUCUAUGCCCAGCAGCGUAUUCAGCCCCAGAUGGACAUGGUGGAGAAGGGCUCCGGGGACAGAGAGGCCCUCGAGCUCUGGUCUGCUCUGCAGCUGAAGAUCCCUGACCUGUUCCUCGACCUGGACAUCGUGCCGGCCCUGCUCCACGGAGACCUCUGGGGGGGGAACGUGGCAGAGGAUUCCUCGGGGCCCAUCAUCUUUGACCCGGCGUCUUUCUACGGCCACUCAGAGUACGAGCUGGCGAUCGCCGGCAUGUUCGGGGGCUUCAGUAGCUCCUUCUACUCGGCCUACCACAGCAAGAUCCCCAAGACCCCCGGGUUUGAGAAGCGCCAGAAGCUGUACCAGCUCUUCCACUAUCUGAACCACUGGAACCACUUCGGGUCCGGGUACAGAGGGUCCUCCCUCAACAUCAUGAGGAAUCUCGUCAAGUGAGCUGGCUCUCCUCUGGAGAGAGGCCGGUUUGAGGAGCUUGCCGGGGCCUCAAGGUCAGGUGUACCAGAUCCUAGCCCGGUGCCCGCGGCCAGCCCCUCUCGCUCCUCCACGGUCCUCUUCACGCACCUGGGGCAGCUUCAGACCGACCUCGCGAGCCUUGGGAAGUACGUAGUGUCUCAGAAGAAAGGUCACCCUAAAGUUGCACAUUUGUUAGUCUUCAUAGCUGGGUAAGCCAGUUCACACCACUAGCAAUGUGGUGUGAACAGAGGGACCCGUGGAGCGUGGGCCACGUCGAGCCACAGCUGCCCCAGAGGCAGAGGAGGGCAGUGGCCGGUGCCCCCUGCCCUGCUGCUGCUGUGAGCACCUGCCACCAGCCCCUCCCGUCUCGUUUCCAGGAAGUUCCAGGUGUAGCUACUCGAUGGCUGAGGUGUGGGUUUGGGCACAGAACCGUCUUUCUAGGAGCAUCUGAUAGGACCAGCCCCAGCACGGAGCACAUUCCCUGUGCUUCCUGAGAGACCUCGGGACCAGCCCCAGGCUGAGCGAGUCUGAGGAUGAUUUGGGGAGCGACCAGACUGCCGGCCUCGGGGUGUCCCCAGCACACGUGGGAGCCACAUUGCGUUGCUCCUCUCAGCGCCGCAUCUUGUCCGCCGCUCCCCAUGCGUCGGGGCCGCCAGCGAGAAGCUGGUGUCCUCCCCCCGCCCUGCAGCCGUGAGGUGAGGGCCCUGAUGCUGCCGAGUCCUUCCGCGUAAACUUCAGUGGUUCCAGCGAUGCCAGAGACUGUUUGCUUCCUCUGAACUGUUUGGUGUUUUUUUUCUAGCUGUUUGCCAGGAAACCUUUGUAAUGUAUCAUCAUAAUAAAUUGUUUCUUAAAAGAGU